AUAAAGUAACGUUACUAUCCUUAGUUUUUCUGCUUGCCCGGCAGCCUUGGGAGAGUGCUGGACCCAUUGUUCAGAGGUCUGGGUGUUCAUCACAGCUUUGUGUGUGAUAAGAAACACACAUGUGAUUCUGUGUCACCUCACAGACAGGUCACCUCACCACUCUAGGCCUCAGAUUCUGCAUCUUUAAAUGAGACAGCUGGUCAGGAUGAUUUCUAAGCUCUCCAGCCUGAAAAUCAAUGACUUUUCAAUCUUUGGCUCCUGAACAAUGUUUAAUGCCAAGAGGUCUCUUAAAUUCCUUUGACUCAUGCCUGUCCUCUGAGUCUUGUUUAGACCCAAGAACCUGUGGAUUCCAGAACUGAAGGCUCCUCUAAGAUCUUACACUUGGGAGCUGAGGCCUGAGAUACAUGUGGUGCUAUCUGUGGUCUAUCCAAACCCAGAGCUGGAAGAGAACUAAGUUCGAAGUGGACAAGCCUGCAUCUUCUCACAUCCUGCCCUUGUGGGUGAGCUAAGGGGCUUCUCUGGCCCAGUCUAGCCAGGCAUCAUGGAGAAAAUCAGCAUGUUCUUCAGCGCCAUCUGGGACAUCAUCUCUACCAAACACCAGGAGGGCCUCUUCAACAGCAUCUGCCUAGGUAUCCUCCUGGGUCUGCCCCUCCUGGUGAUCAUCACCUUCCUCUUCAUCUGCUGUCACUGCUGCUGGAACCGGCCAGCUGAACAUGGCCAACAGCCAGAGCAAACCAAGGGGAAGAAGAAGAAGAAGAAGAAGGCGGCUGAAGAAGACCUCUGGAUCUCUGCCCAGCCCAAGCUUCUCCAGAUGGAAAAGAGGCCAUCCCUGCCUGUCUAGCUAGGCAGAGGGCAGCGGUGUCCUUCCUUGGGAGCUCAGCUGCCUUCCAACCACACCCAAUGUGGGGAGCAGAAAUCCCUGCAGUGAUGUGCUCAUGUUCACAGAAGAACUACCCAACUAAGGAGCAACCCUCAGACUGAGUGUCCCUCGGGGCAGGCCUUCCCAGGGAGCACGUGGACAAGUCUUGGGCGCUUUCUCAGCAUCUGUGUGUCCAAUAGCAAUGCUCUUUACUGCAGACUCAGGCAUGCCUUCCACCCAUCUCUGGCACAUUCCGUAUGCAAAAGCACAAGGAACAUUUAUUCAUACUUCUUGACAGAUCUCCCAAAUGCACACAUGCACAACACCACAGGUACCCAGGCAAGUAUAUUCUGUUCAUCAACUGGUCACUGAAUGUCUACUUUGCACAAGUCCCUAAAUGAGGCAGUUCAUUGUCUGCUCUUGGAAAAACAUCUCAUAGGAAGGCCUGGCAGAUCCAGGCCCACAUGCACAAUUAUAUAACAAGAGAAGCCUAUGUGCUGUCAAUGCCAUACACCACUCAGGUUAGAGAUGAAUGCUCUUCUGUUCCUGUCCCUACAUAACCUUUUACUGGAAAUCUUCAUAGCUGGACAUUCCAGCCAUCUGGUAUACCCCCAUUCCCAUAUAUUGAUACAGACAUGCCAAGUUCCUGUGCUUCUGGCCUCUCACCUGGGAGGAAAAGUUGAAAAAUCAAAAGCUAUCAUCUUACAACUCAUCACCACUGAUGGGUGUUUAAUGGCAUCCAAGACUUCUCUUUGAGAUGCUACCCCCAGCAAGCCUUCCUUCUCCAAGCAAGAACAAAUGGCUUCUGGCCAUCUUCAUGGCCAGGUUUAUGCCGUCCACUUCAGUGGACUGCCAUUGUGCACCUGUGCAAUGUAUGUUUCACAGAUGGAAAUGGGAUGCUACCCCUGAGCUAGGGCUCUCCUAUGAACCCAGAGGUUUUCAGCAGGGAAGGAAUUAAGACAAUCACUGGUACAGUCUCGCAGAAGGCACACUGGAAACAAUUACAUAAGGGUAUCGUGGAGGCAUGGCAUGUUGCAGACGUGGUGCAGAAGUUACAGUUUAAAUGAAAGUAGGACGAAGCUAUUGAGAGAUUUAUUAAUAUUUAUCUUGAAGCUCAGGCUAGUGCCCUGCACACAGUCGGUACUCACAACUGUCUGUGGAUGCUGUCAGAUAUGUGAUGCUAUUAAGGGUAAACUUGAAAUACCUCACCAAGUCCCCAAGUGACCUUCUCUUCCAAGUGAGCCCAUUAAUUGCUACAACAGGUGGAAGUUGGGUAUUGAAUUCUGAAUAAGGAGGAUGCAUGCAGGGCCAAGGUUUGGGUUGACAAUUUGCCCUGAGAUCCAUAAGGACAUGUAAGCUGGGUCCAUGGUUAGCUGAGCAGGGCAUCUCCCCACAUUCUGGGCUGAGUUUGGGAGGCUGAAUUAAUCCACUCACAGGGUGAACUGUGUGGUAUGUUGAUUGUCUGUGACCAUAGCACAAAAAUGGAUAAUUCCCCACGUGGGAGCAGGUUGUGCUCUCAAAGUUCAUUUGCACCUCUGCAGGGUAGCUCUCUUGAAAUAUUUUCAGACUGAAGCUGUUCUAAAUGAUGGUGAAAUUGCAAUUUCAUUAAUAAUAUAGCUAAGCUAUGAUAUUUAUAGAAGCAAAAGCUAAAUUCUCUAACAUUGUUUCCUGGAAAAUAUCCUCUGCUCACUUGGGGCAGCUGGUAGUCACCCGCCUUUCAGGCAAACUCCAGGUCUAGUCCUGUGGAGGUAAGGUGCCUGCUGGCAACUGCUGCACCAAGACCUUCUAAUGGAAUACCCUGUUAAACAUAUUGCAGGCCUGCUUUUAUUUUAAAACCCGCCCUGUUCCCCCUUCUUGCCCUAAAUGGGCCUAAAUACCCCAGGCACUCAGGCCCCUCAGGCAUAAACCUGUUUGACCAGAGAAAGAAGCACCCUCUGACGCUCUGUCCCCUUGUCCUGGAACAUCUGGCCCUCCCCUACACCUCCCAGAAUGACUUGCCAUCUCCCCACACCUCCCACUGCCCAGCAGGCUGAGUUGCUUAUUGUCUCCAACUCUCAGCAGCCCCUCAAAUGGAGGACUUGGGGGGGAUGGAGAGGCUGACGGCUGAAACUGGUGUCAGAUACAAUCUAGGAGAGCCGAUCUGUGGGAUCACGGAACCAUACAAGUGCCAUAGUUGUCAUGGCAACCAGCUGCUAGUCUGAAUUAAGACAGCAGUCCGUCGUCAUCACCCACGACAAGGCCUCUAUCUCCAGGUGCAGUGCCCACCAUCUCCUAUCUGAAUGUAUCUGCUCCACCUCCAGGUGUGAACACCCAGAAACACACUUCUCGGUUGCUUCCAUAACCCAGGUUUGGAAAGCCAAAUGCUUGAAAGGGGCAUCUCUUCUUUCCCAUCCAGCCUCCUCAACAACCUUCACUGGAGUACCCAGAACAGUGCCCAGUGAGUGAGAGGCCCUCAGACUUUGCUGAAUAAGUGUGUGUGUCAAAGAAGCAAAAAGCAAUUAUUGGAGUCCACUGCCUUUCCUUCCCACUUCAUUGUCAUCCUCCUCUCCCCUGUUUUCUUCUCCCAUUCCCCUCUCUGUCUCGAGGCACCACCCUGGCUCCAUCCCUCUCUAUCUUCACUGCUCCUUCCCACCCUCUGUCCCAGAACUACCACUGGCAGCCAGGGUUUCCUUAGGACUGGAGCCACCUUGUGGGGGUGGGGAUAGGCUAACAGAGGGCAAAAGGGAUGGCAAAGAGAGGCCUCCUAAACCAGCCCAGGCCUGGAGGAGGAGCCCCCAUGCUCAGGACUUCUGAACAAUCAGAAGAGGUCUUUCUCCCAACUGCUCAAGGGAUUCGCUUUGGGUUUCUUGGGGGGCGGCGGGAGGAGGGGAAGAUAUAGAGAAAGGACAGUCACCUUUUCAAGAAGAAUAUAAAUGGUCCAUGUUGUAUAGCAUUUGUCAGUGUUUUUUUUUUUUCCUGGAAAAUUUAAAUGCACCAAGAGAAGAUUUUAUUUAAAUAAAAUACUUUGAAAC